GGCUGUGCCUUCGAAGGCAAACAUCACCUGCACGGUCGGUCCCGUCGGUCCCGUUGCGGUAGAGAGAGAAAAGCUGAGCAAGCGAAACAUAACAAAAAAAAAUCGAACAACGAACCACCACGGGCUGGGUGGAACAACACACAGAAAACACAAAACCAACCCCACACACACACAAGCACACUUUCAAACACGCAUUUCGCCCUUUGCUGGUACAACGCGGUACGAACGAAGGAAAAAACGAGUGUCGAAGAAUUAAGCCCAAACCUCGACCGAAGCUUGCAGACCGAAUUAGCAUUAGUGCGCGUGAGUGCUGUUGUUGUUGUGUGGUGCGGUGCUGUUGCUAUUGUACGUACGUACUGCGAUACACAUAAUCAGUCUGCGAAGGAAAAUCACGCGCUUUCAGUGAGCCCUGGAGGUGCCUGGGGUGACGUUAAGACGACCGUUGGUAUUUUAACUAUUUUUGCGUGGUUGGGUUCGGGUGUGAGUGCGUUUUUGUUUUCCUUCUAUUCUGCCUUUGUGCGUCCAGUGUUGGCGUGCGUGUUUCUACAGUGCUACAGUCGGCUCGAUCACGGUACGGUGCGCGCGGGAGGGUGUGUGUCGUUGGCACGAGCGCGAAUCUAAGCCCCGGCAUCAAAAGUUUAGCGCGUGAAUUUGCGAUACGGGUUUUGCUGUGUGCGGCGUGCAAAAAAAAGUCGCGUGAUUUUCCACCCAAACACGUGCGUGAGGGCGAAGGUUUGGGCGUUCGAGCCCGGGAUGCGUUUUGUGUGCGUCAGUGAGGUGAGUGUGAUUAGAAACGGGGUGUGAAAAUUGAUCCUCGUCUUCGUACGCAAAGGCUUAUUCGGGCGAACGGGCUUAACGCGUGGCAGGAUUAGGUGCACGAGUGAACAAAAUAUUCUUUCCGGAAGAAUCGCUCGCUCGCGGGAGUGGUGGUGCUAAAAAAAGAGAAAAUUUAUAAAAGUUUUUUUUGUCAACGCAACACGCUGAUAGCAGUUUUUCCUGGAAAAAUAACGGUUCUACCAGUGCGGGCAACCCCUGCCGGGUGAAUUUCCAUCGCUGCUAUAACACGCUAAGAUUUCCUACCCGAUGGCCCCGCAGACCGAUCCGAUUAGAGUGAUUUUAUCGCCCACGGGGCCACAUCCCGCUAGACGGUAGAAGACGGAACGGAACGGAAAGCAACUUCGACAGUAAAAACACUCACAGCCGCGUUCGAAAUAUGCGCUUGUUUAAGGCGAAAAAGCUACUCGAAGGACCGCAAGUGCUGGCACGCGGUAGUAGUGCAUCACCUUCAGCGCCGGCCCUUUCGCCGAUCGAGCCUGUCAACGCGUCCGCCUAUAAUGACAUUCUCGUACUACCCGUUUCGGCAGCCCCAGCGAACUCGAAAUUUGACUCCGAGCUCCCUUCGCUGCUGAGCGAGGUGGUCGAGGUGAUCAGUGGCUGCAACAGUCCUGCAACCAGUGUCGCCGAUACACCCGCGCCGGAUGCACCGGGCAGUGGGCAGCUCGAUACGCCCGACUGCAAUCAAACGCUCCCACCGGCCGACCCGAUGGCUCCCGUAGCGAGCAUGGCGACCGAUAACGUUUGCAGUAUUAAUAACGCCUCAUCAGCGGAGUCACCGCACGUACGCAAUCAAGGUGUCGAGGCGAGGCUGAUGCGGGAUCAGCGGCGGCCAAGGACGCCCUCACCAACUGGCACCGGUCAGCACGGUCAACCGACGGCAACGAUCGGCCGGAAUGGUAUCGGUACGCUCGCGGGCUUUCGGAUGGUGACCGCGGUACCGGCGCUGGUGCUCGAGGACGAACCGCCCCUGCCAAGGACGGCCAAGGAGAGCAAGAACGUGUUCACAUGGGGCCGCAAGAUGGGCAAAAAGUUCGAUCUACUUCGUCGUGGCAGCGACGCCCACAAGCUGGCCGUCCCCGGUAGCGUAGCGCUUGUCACCGUAGCCCCACCUGUAGUGCCACCGCCGGCCACCAGCUCCACCUUCUCCAUGUCGCCGAUCAGUGCGGCCGCCACAUCGAUCGCCUCCUCGUCGGAACCGUGCAUCAGUACGAUAUGUGGUGCCGAUCAGGAGAGUGGCCGGAAAGGAAAAUCCACCGUCCCGCUAAAAGCACACCAAAGUCAUCGUUCCGCGAAUGGUGGUCCAGCUACGAAUGGGCACGACCCGCUGGUCAAGCUUAACUCGGAACGAUCGUCCGGUACGUUCCGAAAUUUCUUCUACCGCAUGGGUUCGACCGGUAUGCUUAACCACAAGUCGAACCAAUAUCAGAAGCAACAAUUCUUGCAGCAGCAGCAAACUCAACUGCAGGCCCAACACUCCCAACAACCACAUCAACUACUGCAUCACAUGUCGCUGGCCCAAACCCAGGCCGACCUGAGCAAAAUAGAACACCAACAGAUGCUGUACCGCAGCAGUUCGACGAGUCAGCUCAAUACGUCAUCCUACGUGAAGUGUGAUGAUCCUACCGACGGUGUCAAUCUAGCAAAUGGACACACGAAAUCGUCCGUCGGAAGUUCGUCCUCUUCCUCACAGCUCCAUCUCACGGGGUUGCGUGGCGAACAGACAAACGGAGCUGCUGGUAAUGGUGCAUCCAACUCCGAGACUUCCUCCGCUUCCCCAUCCAGCUCGACAGCAACCAAAUCUUCCAGCUGUGACGACAUUGCACGUGUCGGUCAGCAGACAACCCCAUCGGAAGGUUCGCUUUCCAAGAAGAAUCACUUCCCGUACGCGUUCCUGCGCUCCAAGCUUUCGGUACUGCCGGAAGAGAACGGUGGCUCGGUAAUCAACUACAGCCGUAUCAAGGAGAACUUGCUCCGUACCGGGAACCGUGGUUCAAUUGUGAGUCUUCGAUCGGAUCUCGACAGUGUGUCCAUCACCGACUCGCAGCUCAACAUCUCUGGCGAGAGUGGUAGCGAUGUGUUUCUGCCCUCCGCAACCGAUAGCAAAUCGAUCGGUGCGAACAGUGACGUUGGCAUCAUGUCACGCAACAACUCCAUCAAAACGCUUACCGACACGGAGCACAGCUUUGUGCUGAACUAUCAGCGACUGAGCAGCUGUCUGAGCAGUAACGAGUCAGGGUAUGAUAGUGAUGGCCGGCACGCAGAGGAUAAGAUCGAUGAUGCGAGCAAUACGUCGCUGAGCAGUAGCGUUAGCUUGUCUCACCAUCAUCACCAGCAGCAGCAACAGCAGCUGUCGGGAGCGUCCUUUAAUGGAGGUGAUGCGUAUGUGGAUGCUAUCCGCUCGAAGGACCAAUCGUACGUGUUCGGUAGCCGGAGACGGCUGUCCUCCUCCUCGUCGUCGAUCGUUUCCGGCGUUGCGGCUACCAAUGGUGGCUUCGAUUGCGGCACGAUCCGGCGUCGGUUCCGGCAGAUCAAGCUGGUGAAGCAGCAGGGAGACGACACGAUCGGCAUCGAGCUGACGCCGCAAACUAUCGGGCUGGAUGAGGGCGAGUGCGAGACGCGCUAUCUGGUCACCGAGAUCGAUCCGGAAGGAAUUGCUUACAAGGAUGGCCGAUUGCGCAUCGGCGACGAGAUUGUGAACGUAAACGGGCAUCAUUUACGUGGCCUGCAGUCUCCCAGCACUGUCCAGCGUAUCCUGUCGACAUUUGUCAACAAUGUCGUAGACCUUGUCAUUGCACAUGACGAGUUAACUACGUUCAACUCUGACGCCAACCGAAAGAUCAAGAUCGAUUCCCGGCCGGCCACGUCCGGUGCGAUCACGAUCGGUGGCAGCUCCUCCUCCUCCGGAGCUUCUUCGUCAUCCUCAUCAUCGUCGUCCUCACCGACACGGUCAUCCAAAGGGCCGGCCGUCACCAGCACUCCCAGCAACACCGCCGGCCCAGCCAAACCAUUCCCGCUGACACCGAUCUACGCACCGGCCGACUAUGUGCCAGUGUACGCGAACCGCAUCUCGAUCUCGAACACGAUCUGUGACGAUGAAAAGUGGCAAAUGAUUAGCAAGCAGCGGUGUGAGGCGCUGGUGAAGAACGGCUACUCUCAGAUACUCGGGUCAAAGCGGCUGAUAAAGGACAGUGAUGAGGAGCUGUUGCCGAACGGUGGUGAUCACGGGCAGCCGAAGCAUCGGAUCGAUUCGAACGAGACGGGGCUUUACUCACUGUACAGGCCCGUUUCGCACGGCAGCAUUAAUCAAUCGAUACGUCACCUGACGGCAAAUGGUGAGGCGGACGAUGGGAAUGCCAGUUCCCGUGCGUCCAUCGCCGAAGGACACGCUCCGACCGUGCUGGUGCAGGUGAUUUCCGACACGAUACGGCGGAACGUUCCGAUCGGAUCGGCGUAUCGCGGUGCGAAGGCACUGAAGAGUGAGGAAGACAUCCCGCGAUCGGUGCAGCGCAUCCGGCUAAAGUCGGAUGACGGUGUGGUGGAGAGUAAGGCGGAGGCAAGCGUGCCACUGCAGCGGUCCAAGACGGAGAGCAAUGUGAGUGGGGCGCGCGACGAGCUCGACUGCACGCUCGAUGGUACAAAGUUUGAGGCGGGCGUACGGAUACUGAUCAACGAGGAGGGAUCGUCUUACAUCGAGGGAAUACACAAGUGCACCUAUCUAACGGUUACGUUCUACAAAGGCACCGGGAUGAAAUCGCUCGGCUUCAGCAUUGUCGGCGGUCGGGAUUCACCGCGCGGCAAUAUGGGCAUCUACGUGAAGACCGUCUUCCCGAGCGGGCAGGCCGCACUCGAUGGAACGUUAAUGGCGGGAGAUGAAAUUCUGUCCAUCAACGAUGCCGCCGUGCAGGGUAUGAGCCACUGCGAGACGAUCGCACUGUUCAAAAACGUCAAGGAAGGACCGGUCGUACUCAAGCUGGCCCGCAGAAGAUACCACCGGGCCAAGUCAGUGGAUAAUCUACCGAACUGAACCUGAAGAUUUCAUCGCACGCUGUUUCCCUCACACAACGGAGCGCGUCUCACAACUCCCAACCAAAAAACAAAAAUGCAAAAUGCGUUUGCAAGGCUCAAUGAGGAGAGGGGAGCAGCAAAAUGCCGCGCCUGUGUAAAGCGACACCAGGACCAGGGCCUGUCUAUUUAUUUAUUCCACCCACGGACCACUUCAAUUCUAGUCACCUGUUCUUGUAUAGUGUGCUUGGUGUGACCGUGCUGCUGCUGCGGCGGCGAAGGCAACGUUUUUUUUUCUUUUCUUGUUUUAAAAGUGAGUGCAUGAUGGCCACUAUAUCUUUAAGAUUUCAACCUACGCAACAACGCAUACACACACCGAUCGCAUACGAUCAUACGAACGGCAUACUGAUUUUGCACGUACAGCCCCCCACUUGGCCGCGGUUUUGGCGCGGCGGAUCGCAAGCCGCCGACAAGUGCUGCCGCGUGCGUGCGUGUGUUGCGUGUCUCACACGAUGGAACGAAUUGCUCCGAAUCGGACCAGAGUUUUGUGUUAGAAGAGACAGAGAGAGAGAGAGAGAGAGAGAAAGAGAGAGAGAGAGAGAGAGAGAGAGAGACACUAAUCACGGUAGAAAUAGAUAGAUUAAGGAAGGUUUUUUUCAUUUCAUUUCUUCACUCCACGCUGGGUUGUACAAAAAAAGGUCCCAUAAAUAUAUCCCUCGUAAAGUUAAUAAAAUCAUUCAUAACACACA